AGCGGUAUUUCCGAGUGUGGCUUACCAUGCGGCGUUGCUCAGGGAGUCCCUGCAGCACUUACCUUGUCCUUCGCUCCCACAAUGUGUCUCCUGCAGCGUCCCUGGCCAUCUCCUCCAGCCGAUGCCGGGAUCCCGGCUUCCGUGUUCCGGUCCCUGUGACGUCGGGACAUACGGGUGCCAGAACCGGCGGCAAAUUUGAAGUUUUUAAAAAAUUUCAUUUUUUUAAAAUGAUUAUUUUGUCCCUACUGCUUUGUCCUGUGCCCUGCCUGCAUUUUGACUUUUCUUUC